CGGACUCGCAGCAUGGCGGACUCCCUGGAGGACUCGCUGGAGGCGGACUGGGUGGCCGUGCGGCCUAACGUGUUCGAGGAGAAGGAGCGGCGGAAAUUCGUCUUCAUCGUGGCCUGGAACGAGGUGGAGGGCAAGUUCGCCAUCACCUGCCACAACCGCACCGCGCAGCGCCAGCGGAGCGCAGAGCAAGGGGCCCCGCGGAGCCCGGCCAGGGGCCACAGCAAGGAGACCACUCAGAGCCCCAGCAAGGAACCCAGGCAGUCCAGGAGUCCCAGCAAAGAUGGGGGGCCCCACCAGGCCCCCAGGGACAAGGCUGGCCCCCACCAGGCCCCCAGGGACAAGGCUGGCCCCCACCAGGCCCCCAGGGACAAGGCUGGCCCCCACCAGGCCCCCAGGGACAAGGCUGGCCCCCACCAGGCCCCCAGGGACAAGGCUGGCCCCCACCAGGCCCCCAGGGACAAGGCUGGCCCCCACCAGGCCCCCAGGGACAAGGCUGGUGGCCGUAGCCCCUCGCGGGAGGAGUCAGCCGAGGAGGAAUGCAGCUGGGCCGGCCUCUUCUCGUUCCAGGACCUGCGCGCGGUGCACCAGCAGCUGAGCUCGGUGAGCGCGGAGCUUGGGCCCCAUCUCCCCACCUUCCCCGAGGAGCCGUCUGGCAUGUGGUCCGUGCUGUUUGGGGCCCCUGAGAUGAGUGAAGAAGAGGUGGAGAUGCUCUGUGGCCAACUGCAGCUCUACCUGGGCCAUGCCCUAGACACCUGCGGCUGGAAGAUCCUCUCCCAGGUCCUGUUCACGGAGAGUGACGACCCUGACGAGUACUACGAAAGCCUGAGUGAGCUUCGGCAUAAAGGCUACGAGGAGGUCCUGCACAGGGCCCGGCGGAGGUUACAAGAGCUUCUGGAAAAGCACAAAACCAGUGAGAACGUGGUGGAGCUCCUGGAGCUGUACGAGAUGGAGGAUGAAGCUUACAGCAAUGUGGUGGAAGCCACCACCGAACUCUACCAAUACCUGCUUCAACCUUUCAGAGAUAUGCGAGAGCUAGCAAUGCUCAGGAGGCAGCAGAUUAAGAUCUCCAUAGAAAACGACUACUUAGGUCCCAGACGCAUCGAGAGCCUUACAAAGGAAGAUGCUGAUUGGCAGAGAAAAGCUCAUAUGGCGGUGCUCUCUAUUCAAGAUCUAACCGUUAAAUACUUUGAAAUAACUGCUAAGGCACAGAAAGCUGUCUUUGAUCGGAUGCGAACAGACCAGAAGAAAUUUGGAAAGGGCGUCUGGGCGUCUGCUGUGGAGCGCAUGGAGAAGCUUCAAUAUGGCGUCUCUAAAGAAACGCUGCAGCUAAUGCGAGCAAAAGAAAUCUGUUUAGAGCAAAAGAAACACGCACUGAAGGAAGAGAUGCAGAGCUUACAGGGUGGAACGGAAGCCAUCCAAGUCUUGGACCAGCUGGAGUCUGACUACUAUGGCCACCAGCUCCAGCUGUACGAAGUGCAGUUUGAAAUCCUAAAAUGUGAGGAGCUGCUUCUAACAGCGCAGCUGGAAAGCAUCAGAAGACAGAUAUCAGAAAAAACAGAUGAAGUGGUUUAUUAUGAUACAUAUGAGAGUAUGGAGGCGAUGCUCGAGACGGAAGACAUGGCCUCCUCUAUUCAUUUACAGAGGGAAGAAUUGCGGAAACGGCAGCUGAAAGUCCGCCAGCUGGAAGCAAAGCGCGGCCGCAUUUCCGCUAAGAAAGCCUACCUCAGGAACAAAAAGGAAAUUUGCAUUGCAAAACACGAUGAGAAAGUCCAGCAGCGUUUUCCUGGUGACGGAGAAUCUGUCCAACAUGCUGUGCAAUUAAGCAAAGACCAGCAACAAGAUGAAGAUGAGCGAAAAAGCAUUUGCUUUACUGAGGAGCGGCAAAAAACAUUGGACAGACUCCGGACCUUUAAACAGCGCCAUCCUGGGCAAGUGAUACUUAAAUCAACAAGACUGCGCUUGACCCACAGCAGAAGAAACACCUCUGCGCGCAUUACGCCCUGCCUGGACGAGCCGCAGUCCUUCUCUGUUAGUAUUCAGACUCAAGUCAUAUCUGAUGUGGAAGGCCCAGAAGUUCUCCAGCCUACAGAGACCAAAAAGCCGGAGGGUUUAAUACAACUUGAAGAUAAUUCAUUACCUCCUCAACUCAUUACCUCUGAACUGCCUCAGAUGACGUCUCUGCCGUCUUUUUCCCAUGAAAAGCUUGAAAUAGAUACUGUGCAGCCACAUUCCCUCCCUGUGAUCUCUCCUCCCCCUGCGCCACCGCUACCUCCUCCUCCACCUCUGAAAGAGGAGACUGCUCCUCUAGAUAUAAGAGUCAUUCAUGUAAAAAAAGAAACAGAUGAAUCUGCCGCCCUAAAGUCUGCAAAUGUCCCGUUAUCUCAGUUAUUUGACAGCAAUCAGCUUCUGAGUGCCAGAAAAAAGCUUAAAAAAACUGGAGCGCUAGAGGACAUGCAGAAACGGCGAGUGAGUUCACCAAUGGAUGAAGUAUUAGCUUCCCUGAAACGCGGUACUUUUCAUCUGAAAAAGGUGGAGCAAAGAACUUUAGCCCCGUCCCCAGAUGAGGAUGACAGCAAUAACAUUUUGGCCCAAAUUAGGAAAGGAGUUAAGCUGAAAAAGGUGGAGAAGGAUGCACUACGAGAGUCUUUCACACUCUUGCCUGAUGCUGACCCAUUGACUCGCAGUAUACAUGAAGCACUCAGGCGGAUUAAGGAAGCAUCGCCUGAGUCCGAAGAUGAAGAGGACAGUUUGCCUUGCACUGACUGGGAGAACUAGCAGGUGCAUCAUUCAAACCAUGGGGGCCGGACCAAUUCUAAAGAAACCAAGGCUUUCUUUCUGCAUGAUGAAGGAAAAACCUUACAAAUCAAGGAGGUCCCUCAGCCUCCUUCACAUUCAAUGCAUCAACAUGCAUUGGUUUUAUUUUUAUUAUUAUUUUUAAAUAUAAUCACUGAGGGAGAAUACUAAAUUUAACAUUGGAUUUUAUCAGUUGAAUGAUUUUAGUUUUUUUUUUCUUUAAACAUUACAAAAACUUUACUAAUUAGUUUACUUUUAAAGUUGGAGUUUACGAAAGACCACAUUCGUUACCAUAUGCACUGAAUCAAUCCAUUCAGCUUGAAGAAAAAUGAAAGAAAAAAAAGAACUCUGAAAGUUUGUAUCAGACUCACCGGUCAUUUUCCAGCAUACCAGAUCUGGUAACGUAUGACACACACAAGUAGAUCAUGAAUUGUUCACAAACAGGGAUUCAAGGGAAUGCAGCGAAAUACAUCUUCGAGGAUAAAACCCAGAAUGCGCUAUAAUAACAAGAACGGGAUUAUAUCGUCACGUCUUCUUGGAACCAACUGGGUUAACAUCCAUUUGCUCGAUCCCAGGCCAGUGAGGCCUUUUUUAUAUUCUCUCUAAUAGACUAGCUGUAAUUGCUCGCAGUCACUGUGUCCGCAGUGACUGACUCCAUGCCAUGUAAUAAGGAGCAAGUAGCCUGGCAUUUAACAAUUUCCUAUUGUAUAUUUAUACACUUUAUUUUGUGUUUUUUGCUUUUCUUGUUUUAAUUAUAUGCAAUUUUCACGAACUGCAGGUUUUCUGAAGGGAACUGUAAUUAUUAUUAUUUAUAC